CAAAGUGACACAAUGUCUUGGAACAGCAGGAGCCACGGACUACCGUUCAUACCAGGAUUUACCUUUCCGGAUGUAACGAAGUCAACCUUCCAUCGUCCCCAGACACUGAAGUACAACAAAGGCUAUGCUCUGGCCCCUCGCCCCACUGUGGGUAUUGGACAGGAUCCUCUUUUAUCUGAACAGUUGAUCCAGCAGGAGAUCAGUAAUUUGUCUAUUGAGACGCCAGACAUUACUUAUGGCUCCUCUGACCAGAGCAUAGUCAAAGUCUUCAUCCCAGCUCACGUGGCCCUUGAUAAAAAGGUGCUGCGCUACAAUGCAUACUUUCAGGAAAAUAUCCAGUAUUCCCCUGAAGAGGAGUGCUGGGUGCAUCCCGUGGUCAUUUACUACUACCUCGAGGAUGACAGCAUGUCCAUCUUUGAGCCCAUAGUGGAGAAUUCUGGAUUAUCGCAGGGGAAACGGCUCAAACGCCAGCGGCUGCCCAAGAAUGAACGUGGAGAGCAUUACCAAUGGACAGACCUCAAUAUUGGCAUGGACUUGGAGGUGUACGGGGUCAAGUACCACAUCACACAGUGCGACACUUUUACAAAGGAAUUCAUGGAAAGUGAGGGCAUUGUUCUAAACGAGCCUGAGCCAAUCCCUGUGGAUCCCUACAGCAAACGUGGCAAAAACCCUCAGCCUUCCUUCACAACAGCCUCCGGAUUUGAUGACUUGCACAAGUUUCUGACCAUGGAUUGUAUGGUGCUGCGUUUCUCUGCCCUGUGGGAGGAUACGGAUAAUCUGUUUGGGGAGACCAGGCCUGUUACCAUCCAGUAUUACCUGGUGGAUGACACGGUGGAGAUCAAUGAGGUCUACGGACGCAACUGCGGACGAUUACCCUUCCCUGUCCUGAUGCGCAGACUGAAGUUGCCCAAGAAAAGGAAACCGCCUGAGAUCUUUCCCAGCUGUGUGCUGGAGGUUUCAGCAGCGGAGGUAGACGAGUACUACUCCCCCAAAGACUUCCAGGUGGGACAAAGGAUAGAGCUGCUGAGCCGUCGCUUCCUGCUGUAUGACUGCGACGGCUUCACUAAAGAGUAUUACCAAAAGAAUCACCCUGACCUGGAGAUGAAACCCUUAGAGGUACCAAAAGAAACUGACCUGCUUCAGGAGAAGAAGAAGGAGGCUCCUCCCUAUAAUGGUUUUGGUUCACAAGAAGAAUGUGCUAAAGACUUCAGACGCCAGAAGCCGGGUAUGCGGAAAGCAAAUAACCAGCCGACCAGAGAGUUGAUUAUGUAGCAGAGCCAUCUUCAUGAUGUCAUGGAAGGUUGGAUUGCCUCAAGAGUUCACUCCACAAGACCAAGUGAAAGCCUUUGCAGAAUGUUUAACAUAAUAAACAAACUAU